AUGUCAUCUCGUGUAUUCUUCCGUUCAUUGGCUACUGCCAGCAAGGCUGUCAAGCCACCAGUGCAAUUAUUUGGAUUGGAUGGUACUUAUGCCGCUGCUUUGUUCACAGCUUCCGCAAAGGAUUCCACCAUUGAAAAGUCUUACCAAGCAUUAGGUAAGGUUAAGGAAUUGCUUCAAAAGGAUCCUAAGAUCCAAGAGUACUUUAGCUCUCCAGCUUUGUCCAUAGAUGACCGUUUGAUUGUUGUUGACACUGUUUCCGAAAGCUUGAAGUUGGACAAGACUGUAUCCAACUUUUUACAAGUUUUGGCUGAAAACAACCGUUUGGUUGAGUUUGAUGGUGUUUACAAGAGUUUCGGUGUUUUGAACGAUGCCAACAAUGGUGUUGUUGAUGCUACUGUUACUUCUGCUAAGCCAUUGGAUUCCAAGAUCUUGAAGAAGUUACAAGCUUCCAUUACCAAGUCUUCAUUGGUUGGUGAGGGUAAGAGUUUGAAGUUGAACAAUGUUGUCAACCCCGAAAUCUUGGGUGGUUUGAUUGUUGAAGUUGGUGAAAAAACUGUUGAUGCUUCUAUUGUUUCUAAGCUCGGUAAGUUGAACAAUGCCUUGAAAGAAGCUGUCUAA